AUGGAAACUCAUAGCGUACCUGUAGACUUAGCAUCUCCUGAGGUUUUUGACUCUGUUUUCUAUUCUAACUAUUACCAUCAAGUGAUCACACAUUCUGUAAAUACACCGGAAGCUGUGAAACUACACUGGCUUACGCAUGGCAUAGAUGCUGGGUGGCAAGGAUCUGGACAGUUUCAUUCAAAAGAGUACAUUGCAAGGUAUCCCGAUCUCCAAAAAGCUUUUGGAAAUAAUUAUAGAGCCGCCAUUCAGCAUUAUCUGACGUUUCACCAUUCUGAACAUCGUUUAGGUUUAUCAACUAGUCAACAUUUCGAAGGCCGUUGCACUGCAUUAAACAAUGGUAUCUAUAUCGGUUCUUCGACUCGAACAGGAGGAGCUGUAGAUAGUCUUACAUGGAACAACAAAGAAUUUAUAAACUCACGGGAUCAUGGGCGUCAGAUGCAGAUGGCAUGUAACACCAACAAAUACCACGAGUGUUAUAACCCUACGGAAGCUGGUGGCCUUUUUGACCACACACGGCCAACAACCCACACUCAUAUAGAUUGGGUCCAUGUUCAUGGAAAUGUCAUGGAAAGUUUAGUUUAUCAAGCUUUUUGGAAACCAGUCAAACCUUCAUCAGGAACACAACAUGAUUGUCAUUAUGGACAAUGGUGUCCAGCACAUCACGGCUACCAUACAACAUACGAUUAUCCUUUCCACAAGAAGAUUACAAUAGGAACACAUGGCAUUAAUAAAUGUUUUGAAUUUGUAUCAAAUUUUACGAUAGGCAGAAACUGGCCUCAAGACGACUUGUUGAUUCAGAUGGAAGCACCUGCAGUUUAUAUGACAUAUACCCCUCAAGGACAGGAUACAGAUAUACAUGAAAACUACGACAGCCAUUUAUUCAAAGGUUCAAAUUUCGCUGGUACAAAGUCAAAGUUCAAUAUCGUUUUCUAUAAGAGACCACAUGGUACAGGGGUUCGUCAGUAUGUUUACAAAACGUACUUCUGUAUCGGAACCUUAAAUGACGUCACUAGUUGUUUGCAUAAGAUUAUGACGGCUGUUCCAAAAUAA